AGGGAAGCACACACACACACACGUCGAGGACCACAGAGUCAAUCCACAGGGCGGUGUGGGGAAUGUAUGAAGGGCAGGAUGCUAGUUCUAGGAGGAAACCCUCUUCUGACUAGCUGUGUGUGUGUGUGGGUGGGUGUGUGUGUGUCAGCAAUGCCAUCAGUUAUCCUGAAGGAGGAAAUGGGAUGAACUGGCAUUCUGGGAUCAUAUUUUUUCCUGCACGUCUCUUUUCAACAUGUAAAUGUGAAAGUGCACACCCCAACGAGCAUUGCAAGACACACAUCCUCUGUAUGUGACAUUCAUCUGGAGCUCCAUAUCCUCCCGUGCUCCCUCAGCCCGAGUGCGAACAUCCUCUGGUUGUUAGCGAGGGGAAGCAGGCCGUUAGUGUGGCGCUCUACUCUGCAGAAGGUAGAUCAUAGAAUGCUCCUCUGCUCACGUCCUGAGGUGAGAAUUUGGAGACUUGGGUCUUCGGGGAAGCGGUAGUUGACGACGCAGAAGAAGCAGAAGAUUGUAAAAUAAAAAGGCACGAUGAUGGAGCUGCGGAUCCAGCUGAUCCCAACAGGGGAGAUCAUCCUUUCACCUGGGAAAAAUGGAGAGAACUUCUGCCACAACUGCAAGGUGGUGGGUACUGACGGGGUGCGGGCUAUGAUGGAGUCCGCCCUGACAGCAAGAGAUCGAGUGGGUGUGCAGGACUUUGUCCUUCUGGAAAACUACACGAGCGAAGCAGCUUUCAUUGAGAACCUUCGCAAACGCUUCAAAGAGAACCUCAUCUAUACCUACAUCGGCUCAGUUCUGGUGUCCGUGAACCCGUACAGAGACUUGGAGAUCUAUACAAAGAACCAUAUGGAGCGGUACCGUGGGGUCAACUUCUACGAGGUCUCACCACACAUCUAUGCAGUGGCAGAUAACUCGUACCGUUCAAUGAGGACAGAGAGGAAGGACCAGUGCAUCCUAAUUUCCGGGGAGAGUGGAGCCGGGAAGACGGAGGCAUCGAAAAAGAUCCUGCAGUACUACGCAGUCACCUGUCCAGCCAGCGAUCAGGUGCAGACAGUCAAAGACCGCCUGCUGCAGUCCAACCCUGUGCUCGAGGCUUUUGGCAAUGCCAAGACAUUGCGUAACGACAAUUCCAGUCGCUUUGGCAAGUACAUGGAUAUCCAGUUUGACUUCAAGUACCCUAGCAUGAGCCUCUCCUCCUGUACCUCCUCACGCUCCUCUCCCUUCUCUCCCUGGCCUUUGUCUCGUCGACAGGGUGCCCCGGUGGGAGGCCACAUCAUCAAUUACCUGCUGGAGAAGUCGCGGGUAGUUCACCAGAACCACGGCGAGAGGAAUUUUCAUAUUUUCUAUCAGCUGAUUGAGGGAGGCGAGGAAGACCUGCUGAGACGCCUUGGCUUAGAGAGGAAUCCUCAGCAAUACCAGUAUCUAGUGAAAGGUAACUGUCCCAAAGUGAGCUCCAUCAACGAUCGCAGUGAUUGGAAGGUGGUGAGGAAAGCCUUGACUGUCAUUGGCUUUAACGAGGAUGAGGUUGAGGAGUUGCUGAACAUAAUCGCCAGUGUGCUCCAUUUGGGGAAUGUGCAGUAUGGUGGUGAGGAGGGGGUCGCCUGCAUCACGUCUGACACACAGAUCAAGUACUUGGCGAGGCUGUUAGGAGUAAAUGGGACAGUGCUGACGGAGGCACUCACACACAAGAAGAUAAUUGCCAAGGGAGAGGAGCUGAUCAGCCCUCUGAACCUAGAACAGGCCUCCUCAGCUCGGGAUGCUUUGUCUAAGGCAGUGUAUGGACGCACAUUCACCUGGCUGGUGAACAAGAUCAACACCUCACUUGCAUACACGGAUGACUCUUACAAGCAUUACUCUGUCAUUGGGCUGCUGGACAUAUAUGGUUUUGAGGUCUUCCAGCACAACAGCUUUGAACAGUUUUGUAUCAACUACUGCAAUGAGAAGUUGCAGCAGCUCUUCAUUGAGCUCACCCUCAAGUCUGAGCAGGAGGAGUACGAGGCUGAAGGCAUCACGUGGGAACCAGUGCAGUACUUCAACAACAAAAUCAUCUGUGACCUGGUGGAGGAGAAGUUUAAAGGCAUCAUCUCCAUUCUGGAUGAAGAGUGUCUGAGACCCGGAGAUGCCAGCGACAUCACCUUUCUUGAGAAGCUGGAGGACACCGUGGGAGGUCAUCCACACUUUGUCACUCACAAGCUAGCUGAUGGAAAGACUCGGAAGAUAAUGGGUCGGGACGAAUUUCGACUGCUGCAUUACGCCGGAGAGGUCAACUACAACGUCAAUGGUUUUCUGGACAAAAACAACGACCUGCUCUUUAGAAACUUAAAGGAGGUUAUGUGCAUGUCAGAGAACAAGAUCCUGACCCAGUGUUUCAACAGGGAGGAGCUGAGUGACAAGAAACGUCCGGACACGGCGGCCACUCAGUUCAAGGCCAGUCUGGCUAAACUCAUGGAGAUCCUCAUGUCCAAGGAGCCGUCGUACAUCCGCUGCAUCAAGCCCAAUGACUCUAAGCAAGCAGGUCGCUUUGACGAUGUUCUGAUCCGUCACCAAGUCAAGUAUCUGGGAUUGAUGGAAAAUCUGAGGGUGAGGCGAGCCGGCUUCGCUUAUAGGCGGCGUUAUGAGGUCUUCCUCCAGAGGUACAAGUCCCUUUGCCCAGAAACCUGGCCAAACUGGGAGUCUAAACUGUCUGAUGGAGUGGCUACCUUGGUCAAGCACCUUGGAUACAAGCCUGAAGACUACAAGCUGGGCAGAUCAAAAAUCUUUAUCCGUUUCCCAAAGACCUUAUUUGCCACCGAGGAGGCCCUAGAGAACAGGAAGCAUAGUCUCGCCACCAUGUUGCAGGCAGGAUGGAGGGGCUACAGCCAGAGGUCCAAGUACCAAAAACUCAGAACUUCAGCUAUUGCCAUCCAGGCAUGGUGGAGAGGAAUCUUGGCCCGGAGAAGGGCCAAACGUAGACGGCAGGCUGCUGACACCAUCCGCAGGUUCAUCAAAGGCUUCAUUUACCGCCACAAGGAACGCUGUCCGGAGAAUGAAUAUUUUCUGGAUUAUGUGCGCUACUCCUUCCUCAUGACACUACGAAGGAAUCUGCCAAAGAACGUUCUCGACAAGAGCUGGCCGACACCACCAGCAGCCCUUACUGAGGCUUCAGAACAUUUGCGCAAGCUUUGCAUGCAGAACAUGGUUUGGAUCUACUGCAAGAGAAUCAGCCCGGAAUGGAAACACCAGAUGGAGCAGAAGAUGAUUGCGAGUGAGAUAUUUAAGGAAAAGAAGGAUAACUACCCACAAAGUGUGCCCAAGCUGUUUGUCAGCACUAGACUGGAUGGUGAGAACAUCAAUCCCAAGGUGCUGCAGGCUCUGGGGAAUGAGAAAUUGAAGUAUGGAGUGCCAGUCACCAAGUACGACAGGAAGGGCUACAAGGCCCGCCAACGGCAGUUGCUUCUGACAGCAAACAGUGCCAUUAUUGUCGAGGAUGCCAAGCUCAAGCAGCGCAUAGACUAUGAUACUCUUAAAGGUAUCUCAGUCAGCUCUCUCAGUGAUGGUCUGUUUGUUCUGCAUGUGCCCAGUGACGACAACAAACAGAAGGGAGAUGUGGUUCUACAAAGUGACCAUGUGAUUGAGACAUUGACCAAGAUUGCCAUCUGUGCCAACAAAGUAAACCACAUCAACAUCAACCAGGGCAGUAUAACAUUUACAGUGGGUCAAGGGAAAGAAGGGUGCAUUGACUUCACACCUGGAUCAGAACUCUUGGUGGCCAAAGCUAAGAAUGGACACCUAUCUGUGACCGCUCCCAGACUGAACUCCAGAUGAUUUUCACUCUUCUUUACGUACACAAAAAAAACACACACACUCAAGGACACCGACGUACUUUUCCCUUAUGCAAUCACAUGACCUCAGACCCUGAUCUCGCUUUGGCCAAUCAGGUGCGAGCUUGUCCGCGCCACACUUUCUGGCGCUGGCUUCCAAUUAAAAGAUGCAGCAAUACUAAUGGAAAUAUUUAUGUUUAUAUAUUAUAUUUUGGUAUUAAUACUGUCGCUGUUUGAAUAUUCUGAUUUUAUACGUGCUGCCAAGGAAUAACAAAUAUAUUCGUACAUUUUUGGGGGGUUUUGUAUGUUUAUUGUGAUUUAUUUGGGAACACGACCAAGCAAACAAUGCGCCAAGAAGAAGAAAUACAGCAAACAGAAUGGGAUGAAGAAGUCUGGAUGUUGUCUUUUACCUCUUUUACUUGCUUUAUUUCUCUCCUUGCAGCUUUCUUAGUAGGUUGGAGAGCCUGUUUUUGCAUGUAGACAAUGAACAGGUAGCUGGCGAUACUACUGAAUUCCUAUUCAUACAGCUGCAAUGAUGAUGAGGGAACACCUACAUGACAUUUACUGUAAGCACAGGAAAAACUUGAAUUGGAUGAGUGACAGUGGCUGAAGGUGAAGAGAAAGGAUUCUCAGUGCAUCCUCAACUAAAAGCUUUGGUCUCCACAGUGGAUGACGCCUCCUCCAUCCUUCCACGUUUUCCCUGCUUUGCUGCUUGUGCCUCUUCUUUGUUUUUACGAUUCUUUCUUCUUCUUGUGUCGUGCUUAGCCCCGCGGGUCUCAGCAGGCCUGGUUGGUGUGUGUCAAUCGGCCAUUCUUAUUUGACAUUAGUGGCGGUUUGACAGCAGAUUGAUUGAUGCGGAGCUGCAAUGCCUUAUAUGCCACAAGGUAACAUUUCAAAUUGGCUUUGUUUUUUUCUCUUGCUAGAUCUAAUGAAAGGAUCAUUCGUUUGUUUGCAACUGUAAGUUGAGUUAAAAAAAGAUUUUUUGGGGGGGGUGAAUGGGUAUAUUUUAGGUGGAAAUGAAAGUGGCAAAAGACUGGAAGACAUGGGUGUCCGAACUUUGUCUAACCAGGCCCGCAUACUGAAAAAUCGAUGCAUGUGGGGGGCGAUUUUGAUAUUAUUUUGUGAACGGGGCAAAACCAAUCCAUGUGUCAAUAUGCACAGAAGUUAUACACAGUAGAGCUCCACUUAUGGCAGGGCUGACGUCCAGCGAAUGGCGAAAAUCUGAAAGUAAUUGAGACAUGGCUCACUCCCUCCAACCCUCCUGCUAGCCCGUUCUCCUGCGAUUUCUGAUCAACAUUUGCAAUAAAAGCAAUUAGAUUUGAUUUGAUUCAGCUCCAAAACAUUCCCCUUCUCUCUUCAAUUGCCAUGGUUCAUUGCCUCACACACUUAUUAAACACAUUUAAAGUAUAAAAUGUAUAGCUACUCACCACUAAUGAAUAGUGAUAUCGAUGGAAUCAAUCACGGUGUAGCCAUUCACAGCAGAAAUCUAUGGUGUGUUCAAAGGCCGCAGAACAAAGCCACAAAUUUCAACACUUGCGAAAAAAACAUUGUGACACAUAAAACAUAAACAUGUAAAGAUUGUGGGCUUUUUUUUUUUAACAGUGGUACAUGUAUGCUGUACAUUGUACCUGUGUUAUCACAUAUUUCUGAAUUACCUACCCACCUAUGACCAAAAAUCCAUGAAUUUGCGGGGUGGUGAAUGUACGGGGAUCCCCUGUUUAUAGUGGUUUAUCGUUUCUCUGCGUUACAUUGUAAAUUAGUUGGGUUUUUUUAUGGUAACUUAAAUAUAAAGUGGUUUGAUUGCGUUAUCUGCAGGGGGGGAAAAAGUGCUGCAACUAUGAGGUUUUGCAGGUUUCUGCCAUUCGCUGGGGUCUUGGAACAUAAUAGCAGGGACCUACCGUACUUAAAGUUAAACUGGCCUGCAUUUCAGCUUUGUGUUAUAGUUGGAAAAAGCAUAUUAUUAUUAGUAUCAACAAAUUAACUUUUUUUGCCAUUUUUGUUGGGCCACACUUUGGACACCCCUGCUUUACAAAUGCAUUCAUUUCAGUCAUGUAAUAAUACUGCAGUUCAUAGAAUAGAGUAGUUGUACAACGAGCAUCUUUACAACCUCAAACACAUCUGACACAAAAUGUUGCAGGCGAGGGCGUUGUAACGCCGACAUAUUGAGACAGUCCUCCAAAUUGGUUCCAGUUUUAGUAGUUUGUUGGGUUUUUUUUUUUUUUAGAGUUUUUUUAAUUUUUUUAAUUUAUCGUGAGGCGGGUGCAAUAUGCCGAGACUGCUGCUUCACUUACAAGCCAAAGAACCAUUUGAUUUCUGAUGAUUAUUUGUUGUAUGAGUUAUAUCUUUUUUGGGAGACGAGAUGUUGUUGUUUGAAUGUGUUAAUGUGCCUUGUUUGCAUAGCAAUGGAAGAUACUCGCAUGGGAUUAUAAGAGCAAUACCUCCUUGUCGUCUGUCGCUUGAAAGGUUGGUUGUCUUUGCUUUGCAAAAAAAAAAAAAAAAAAAAACUUUUUCUCCUGUAUAACAGCUUAUAAACCAAAUCCUAAGAUUUUUCUUUUUUUUACAGUUACACUUUUAUUCACGCUUCUGAUCACUGUAUGAUCCAAUUAUACUAAUUAAAUUAAUUAUGCCAACACACUAAGAAACAUAAGAUGAAAGUUGUUCAAUAAAUUUGAAAUGUAAAGCCAAAAUAAUUGUUUAUGUCCUUAUUCAGUGUAUAUAUUCAGUGUUAUACUGUGUGAAAUUUGAUGCCCUCGUUUCCUCCCACAGCCUACAAACGUUUCUU